ACCAUCCACUUGAGAAUUGGAACCGGCAACAGACUCUUGCAAUCAUGGGGGGGCACGGCUAUGAAGUCGCAUCACAAUUCAGAAAUCAGAACUUCCUUUUCCUUAGGAAAUUGUAGAAGACACACUGGGACUGUUUCUUUGUUUGUUUGGGAACAUAUUACAAUUGCAAUCCACUGUUCGCUUCAUGGGCUUGUGAGGGUUUUCAUCGUUGGGAAGAAAAACCCAGUAACAUAUGAACUUGUAAGGAAUGGCUCGAAGCAAUCUUGAGUUCUUCGAAGUUUAUCUACCAGAGUUCAGCGCUCAACAUAUGUACAUACCACCAGCUUUUGUUGGGCUUUUGAAUGGAACCAUAUCAGCAGAUGCUACCCUCGGGGAUCCUACGGGAAAGAAUCGGACCGUGAGGCUUGAAGAAGAUGAGAAGGGUUUGUUUAUAAAAAAAGGUUGGCAAGAAUUUGUCAAUGAUCACUCUUUGAGAUUUGGGGAUUUCCUCAUUUUCAAUUUCGAUGGCAAGCGCCAAUUUGAUGUCAAGAUAUUUGGUACAAAUGGAUGCCUAAAGAAAGAUGUUUUGCUUGAUGACUUGCGAAAAACUCGCUUACAGAAGGAAGCCGGGACAAUCCCAGAUUUGACCACUACCAGUAACAGGAAGAGGAAGAAUUUCAAAAAUGGCUCCAAGACUACUGGUUCAUCUGGAGUAAAUUGGAACAGAUCAUACACCACUGUGGACAGUCUCCGACAAAGCAGUCCGAGUAAAUAUGGAUUGGUUGUUGUACCAGAAGGGCCACACUUUGUGGCAACCGUGACCAGUGCAAACUAUACUGUGUAUAUUCCCAAAUUAUUGCUGCAAGAGUAUUGCAUUGCACUGAACAAAAUUGUCGAGAUUCAUGAUGAAAAUGGAAGAAUGUGGCCUGUUCAUAUUUAUCUCAGGAAGGAUGGCCGAGGAGUUCUUGGUGCCGUUUGGGACGAUUUCCGAAAAUACCAUGAAGUGGUAUCGGAAGACAAGUUAAUCAUUGAGUUAAUUGUUGAUGGUAUAAAGAAAUGCAAUCAAAUACGGGUGCAAGUUCUUGGUUGAAAAUAGGAUCUCCGCUAAGUAGAUCCCAAGUCUCCAUGCAGGAAGACAUGAAUUUUUGUUCAAAGUACAUGUGCAACAACUGGGUAAUUUUGUCUACUCAGAAAGAUUUUGGACAAUUCUCAAACCAUUUGGAUAUCAUUUUCCAAUU